AAACUAACUUUCCCAACACUGCGAAAAACCAGUCACAAGCGGGAAAUCUAAUGCUCCAGCCAGCGCAGGUGAAACGCGACGCAGGUGAGGGGGCGGAGUCAUGCGAGGGGGGCGGAGUCAGGCGCUCGCGCUCGAGGUGAAGGGCCGCGGUGCACGCGCGCCUCGCCAGAACUCACAGCAGCCGCGAGCGCGCGCUGUUUAAUUCCACUCCGCUCCGAAUAAGUGAUGCUCUGAGCUGCUCAGCAUGGAGCUGGCAGGACUCGGUUUCUCAGGGUUAGCUGUGGAGUUGGAGGAGGACUGUCUCUCCAGAGUGCCCAUGCUGCGGAGGAACUCUUACGUGCUUCACAAACUCAGCGUGGAGAUCGAGCCGCAGAUAUACAGCGAGACGCUCUCCAAAGCGCUGUCGUGGUCCACCGAGAACAUAUUACUGUCAGAGAGAAGAGCCGCGGAGGAUAGCACAGACCCUCCGUCUCCAAGUGUCUCUGUGACCGCCGAGGUCAGCUCAGCUGCUCCGGACGACUGGUCAAGCCCUGUCCAGACGCCUCUGUCCCCCAGCUCAGACUCCGACAAUGAGGGCCACAAGACUGAGAGCGCGGCCCCGAGACGCCCGUUCCUGAGCAGACUGGAGCAGGAGGAGAAGGAGGACAUCGAGACCAAAGCCGUGGCCACCUCGCCGGACGGAAGAUACCUGAAGUUCAACAUCGAAAUCGGGAGAGGGUCCUUCAAGACGGUGUACAAGGGUCUGGACACGGAGACCACGGUGGAGGUGGCCUGGUGUGAGCUACAGACGCGCAAACUGACCAAAGUGGAGCGGCAGCGCUUCAGCGAGGAGGUGGAGAUGCUCAAGGGCCUCCAGCACCCCAACAUCGUGCGCUUCUACGACUCCUGGAAGUCCACUGUGAAGGGCCACAAGUGCGUCCUGCUGGUCACCGAGCUCAUGACCUCCGGCACGCUCAAAACGUAUCUGAAGCGUUUUAAGGAGAUGAAGCUGAAGCUCCUGCAGAGGUGGAGUCGUCAGAUCCUCAAAGGACUUCACUUCCUGCACACUCGGGCCCCCCCCAUCAUCCACCGGGACCUGAAGUGUGACAACAUCUUCAUCACGGGCCCCACGGGGAGCGUGAAGAUCGGGGACCUGGGCCUGGCCACGCUCAAGAGAGCCUCCUUCGCCAAGAGCGUGAUCGGAACGCCGGAGUUCAUGGCUCCAGAGAUGUAUGAGGAGAAGUACGACGAGGCGGUGGACGUCUAUGCGUUUGGUAUGUGCAUCCUGGAGAUGACCACGUCAGAAUACCCGUACUCGGAGUGCCAAAACGCCGCGCAGAUCUACCGCAAAGUCACCAGCGGUAUAAAGCCCGACAGUUUCUACAAAGUGAAAGUUCCAGAGUUAAAGGAAAUCAUUGAAGGCUGUAUCCGCACGAACAAAGAUGAAAGAUACACCAUCCAGGACCUGCUGGAGCACACCUUCUUCCAGGAGCACAACGGCGUUUACGUGGAACUGGCCGAGGAAGACGAUACGGUCAAAUCCAGCCUGAAGCUCUGGCUUCGCAUGGACGGCACCAAGAAGCUCCACGGGAAGUACAAGGACAACAACGCCAUCGAGUUCCUGUUCGAGCUUUACAAAGACGUGCCGGAGGAGGUGGCGCAGGAGAUGGUGGUUCUGGGGUUUGUAUGUGAGGCAGACUACAAGCUGGUGGCCAAGGCCAUGCGAGACCGCGUGACGGCCAUCAAACGCCAGCGAGAGAAACACCGGCGGAUCGCAGACGAGCAGCAGCAGAAGAAGGAGGGAGUUUUUGAGGAAGAGCCUGAGCUGCUGUCGCCCAGAUCCAGUGCUCAAGGAUCUGAAAGCCCCGCCCCUUUUCCUGUGCAGACCCCGCCCACUCCGGUACUCCCAGAGCCCAUGUGGUCUCCCGUUACCGGCUCAUCGGAUUCUGGGAUUAACGGCAGCCCAGCGGAGCCGGAGGAACCGGAGGCAGACCAGCACUUCCACAUCCACCACACAAGCUGCUCCUCAGCAACCUCGGACUGUGAGACGGACGGAUAUCUCAGUCCCUCUGGUUUACAGGAUGCUCCCAAAGCUUCGAAUGGCACCGUCAGCUGCUCUCCAGUCCUCAUCCCCCAACAGGCCACGCCCACAGAGGCCCCGCCCACCACCGCUCCACCAAUCCCAGCUCUCCGUUUCCCCUCAAGCAUUGCUGUGUCCACUAAGAGUGAGAGAGGACCGCUCAGCCCUUUCUGCUCACCUGUGGACAGUUAUGCUUCAGAUGUGACGUCAGGCUUGAGCGACGGCUACGAGGGACUGUCAGACAGAGGGAGCAAGUUUGCCAGCAGACGGACAGCAGGGAAACUGUUUAGGAGGAGAACGCGCUCCCGUCUGCGCAUUACAGGGGUGUCUGAUAAAGUGGACCGGGUGGUUGAGUGUCAGCUACAGACUCAUAACGAUAAGAUGGUCACCUUCAAAUUUGACCUGGAUGGUGACAAUCCUGAAGACAUUGCUGCGGUGAUGGUGCAUAAUGAGUUCAUCUUGCCCUCCGAGAAGGAAGGUUUCAUUCACCGCAUCAGUGACAUCAUUAAGCGAGCAGAGUCUAUGAUGAAGAAGGAUUCAUCGGGUCUCCACGAAAGCUACGGAGCCGCUCUUCCCUCGUAUCUGAACUCACUCUCUGGGUCUCAGCCAAACCUGCUGAGUCUGGCUCGAGCGCACUCCUCGUCCUCGCUCCCAGCAGAGUUUGGGGCGAGAGCCGCUGGAGACGUUACCUCAUCCACACGCCCGCUCUUACGCUCGCAGUCUUUCCAUAAUGCCGCAGGUUCUCCUCAUCCUCAUCAGAUCCCGUCUGCAUCAGUCUAUCCUCCUCAUUCCAAACUACCUCAGGUGCAGCAGUUCAUUCCCUCGUACGUGAACACACACUUCCCCUUCCCGUCCGCUUCGUCGGCCCCGGGCUCCCCGAGUCCCCUCGGCUCAGACGGCUCCAGUCCUGUUCCAGACGUCUUCCAGACGUCUCCGGCUCACCUGUGGCCUCCUCACAGUCAGCCGCUGUUCUCUCUGGCUCACGUGAUGUCUAUGGCCAUGAGCAUGGCCCAGUCCUUCAUGCCCGCUCCGGGUCUGGUGCAGGCUGGGUAUCCCGUCCUCUACACACCCCAGUAUCCUCCGGAGGCGCAGUACAACCCUGAGUAUUACCAGAGCGUGGAUUCCCAGUAUCGAGACGCCGUGACGUCUGCUGCUUCCAGAGCUGCUCCAGCAUCUGCUUCGGCCGGCCAGCAGACAGCAGCUGCUGCUUCUCAAGAGGGAACGCUGUUCGCAAAGGAAUCCUCCAAAGAAUAUCCUCACGGAUACAGAGCGGCUUUCCCCAGACACUUACUGGAGCAGCAGAGCAGCCCCGGCUCUUCAUCUGGACAGUCGUCUUCCUCGCGAGCCAGUCCGGACAGCAGAGUUUCGUCAUCCAGUCCUCGAUCAUCGUCCCCCCCGGCCGCGCUAGAGACUACCAGAGCAUCCCGCUGCCAACAAAUCUCCUCACCAUCUGAGCCGAAGUCUGCUGUGACUGUGGGCCGCUUUCACGUGUCCCCCAGUAAAGAGAUUCCUGAAAACACACCAGCCGCUCCUCCGGAUAAUCACAUCCACGCUCUGGACCACAAUCCUGCAGAAAAACGGCAGACCUCUCCGCUCGCCUCCUGCGAGGCUCGGCGGGGUUUAUUGAGUUCUGCUGACCGGCCCGAGACACAGAGCGAUCGCAAAGAAGACCGAGAGGGGCAGAUGGAUGAUGUUGAUGAUGAUGAUGGAGAAGAGACGCCCGUUGAUAAGAAGUACAGGAGGAGGAAGGGCCGCAGAGCGGAUCUCAUGGGCACGUCGGUGGACAGUGGUUUUUCUGUGUGGGAUGGAAACACGGCCAGUCCUCCGGUCACUGCUCCUCUACACAGCCUCUGGAUGAGCUACACCCGCAGCUCCUCCUACCUGAGCAGCGACGAAUCAGAGAGCGAGGACGAGGAGAUGUGGGCGGAGCUGCAGGAGCUGAGGGAGAAACACCUGUGUGAGGUUCAGUCUCUGCAGACGCUGCAGAAGCAGGAGAUCGAGGAGCUGUACUCCAGGAUGGGGAAGGUUCCUCCGCCCUGCAUCGUGUCUCCGGCUGCGAUGCUCUCCAGCCGCCAGCGCCGGCUGUCUAAAGGAGCAAACUUCCCCUCGUCUCGCAGAAACAGCCUCCAGAGAGUCGACAUUCUGCCUCUAACAGGGAUCAUGAGGAAAAACUCCCUGAGCGGCGACAGUAGCAGCAGUUCGCAGGACGGUUCACGGCCGACAAAAGGAGUGACUUUCGCUGCUGAUUUUAUCGGAAUGAAUCCUGAGCCUGGUGCAUCAGACUACCUCAUCCGUUCAUGACCGCUCCUCCAGACUCGCUCCAGUCUGAUCCUGUAAUAUAAUGUACAGUUUCCUGAGCCGUGUGAUUCCAGCGCCGGAGUCGUACGCGUGUUUCUCCUGCAGAUGCACUAAUUAAAUCUGCUUGAUUCUGUGAAGAGCCAGUGGUUUGGCGGGACUCUGCUGUUUUAUGAUGCUGUGAUGUUCUCUCUGAAGACCGUCUCUUUGCACUUUCUGAAACUCACCAGUCCACGACUGGACCUCAGACGUCCUGCUGUCUCUGCGCUGUAGAAACUCCACAGAUAUUUCUGCUCUUAUCUGAUAGGGUCUCUUUUAUAGUCGAAAUGUGAAUAAAUAAAUAAAUAACUGAUUUUGGGUGGGAGGGAUAAAUAUAUAUUAUUUUUGCAUUGAUUAUGCCAGCUUUGAGAUUUUGACGUCUAUGUUUAUGUAUAUUUACAUAUAUAUAUAUAUUUUAUUGUAUUUUAUCAGUCUGACUUCAUAUGGAAAUGUUAAAGGAAUAGCUAUGGUUAGGAUGAGUUUGUUUCUUCAUCAGAUUUGGAGAAAUGUGUCUCAGCAUCGGAUGCUCUGCAGUGAAUGGGUGCCGUCAGAAUGAGUUAAAAACGUCUUAAUGCUGGAUGUGUUUCAGCUUUUGUCUUCUCCAGAUGUUAACUGAUGGACUGGAGUGCUGUGGAUUAUUGUGAUGUUUUUAUCAGACUCUCAUUCUGACGGCACCCAUUCACUGCAGAGCAUCCAUUGCUGAGACACUGAUGCUGAGACACAUUUCUACAAACCUGAUGAAGAAACACACUCAUCCUGAUCUCAGAUGAACUGAGGGGGAGCACGUUUUUAAUUUUGGAUGAACUAUUCUUUCAAUGCACCAAAAAUCAAAGCAAGUAUCAGCCAUAAAGAUGAAGACGGAUGUAAAACGCACACUGCACUUUGGCAUGAGGUUCAAAGUCCCAUCUGGGACAGU